AUGAUCAACGCCUUCCUGAUCUUCAACAACCAGGGCCAGCCCCGGCUGACCAAAUUCUACACCCAACUGGAGACCAGCAUCCAGCAGCGCCUGAUCUCCGAGAUCUUCACGCUGGUGUCGAACCGGCCGGAGGGGGCGUGCAACUUCCUGCCGCUGCCGCCGCUGCUCGCGCCGGCGGGCUCGGCGGCGGACCAGGCCAACGACGUGCCGUCGCUGGUCACGUACCGGCACUACGCGACGCUGUACUUCAUCGUGAUCUCGACGGCGACCGAGUCGCCGCUCGCGCUGCUCGACCUCGUCCAGGUCUACGUCGAGGCCCUCGACCGCCUCUUCGAGAACGUCUGCGAGCUCGACCUCAUCUUCAACUUCGAGACCCUCCACGCCGCCCUCGCCGAGAUCGUCGUCGGCGGCGUCGUCGUCGAGACCGCCCUCGACCGCAUCGUCGACGGCGUCCGCGCCCAGGGCACCGUCGCCAAGCGCCCCGUCAACGAGUCCCGCUCCGCCUCCGCCGCCGUCCCCGGCCUCGGCGUCGCCGGCGGCUUCGUCUGGCCCGGCCGCUGA